GCGGGUGGGAGCGAGAAGGACAGAGAGAGAGAGAGAGUUUAAGUAUAUAAAAAUCGAUUUGGGGGCGAAGUGAACGAGGCAACCGAUUGAGUUCUGCUGAUUCUCCUGCUUUCUUCUCUCUGCAUCUUUUCUUCAUUUCUUCUCCGGAACUUCGACCGAUCAAAGCUUUCCAAUCGCGAUUUCUACUUAUUGCAUGGCCGCCAAUUGCCAAAGUCGAGGAGUCGUCAGCUUAGGAAGGCGAUUCGUCAACAAGAUCUGGACUGGCAACGUCCAGGAUCCGUCUCAGAUUUCGUCGUCGCCAGUUUCUGCUCUCAGGAGGGGUGCACACUUCUCUGUCUACGACAAGAACGUAGACGAUCAGGUACUUCCGUCGGUGGUCCCAGACGAUGUGAUCCAGCCACAAUCGGAGAAGUACUGGGCUCCUCAUCCCCAGACUGGGGUAUUUGGGCCGGCGACUGAGGGGAAAGGUGGGGCCGGUGGGGAGCGCGGUGGCCUCCAUUCCCCACCGGCGAAUGGUGAAAGUUCGGUGCUGGAGCAGAAGGCCUGGUUCCGCCCACUAGAGGACGUGGAGAAGCCUCAGCAAAUCUGAAGCGGAAAAGAGAUAUUACCUGGUUCCCUGGCUGAGGAGCGCGUUUCAAUAGUUAAAACCUUUUGGUUGGUGUAAUAGUUGUAGUGGUGGUAUUACAAGUAAUACAUAUUUCCAUAAAUAAGUAAUCAUACAAACACCAUAGACAGAGAGACUCCUCUAGCUUUAUUAUAUGACUAGUAUGGGAUCGGGAUACAGUUGUAAUAUGUACGUAUUUUCAUAUCGUAUGUUUGUACGCCUUUUAAUACUUACUCUGCAUUCCCUGCUUAUUCUGCAUAUGGCUGAAUCUCUUGUUACUUCUC